ACAUGUUCUAACAGUUUUAGAAGAGCAGUAACGUUAAGACAGGUCGUGAUAUAUUAAGAAUAUAGUCACACGAAAAUGGUGUCGGGCCAUCCAUUUACCCGUGACUAUAUUCAUCAUAUUACACGGUCGUAUGUGUACUACUAUGUAACGUUUACAAACUAGCUUAAAAAUUACAGUUGAAAUGAACGAAUAUUAUUUUUUGUAUCUUUAUUAAUCUGCCCACCGGAGAGCGCGUUUGUUAGACCUAGACCUGUUAAAAACAAGAUUUUGUUGCUAUGCUACAGAAGUAUUGGGUGUUUUCACUAGGAACCAAACGGGAGGGGCCUACCUGAAUUCGUCCAAUAGAAACUGUAGUUUUUGUUGCAAAACGUUUCCCGUUGCAAAUUGUUUUGCUUCAGUUAUGACUGCUGAAUACACCCCCAUGUUGCUGGCUGCUAGCAGUCUUUGCUUAAUUUUCGUUUGUUUGAACUUUUUUCUAUUGACAUUUAUUAGCAUAUCCUAUCCUAGGACCUAUGUGAUGUGUAACUUCGCUUGAUUCUGUUGGACGUCAGUGCUCUGCCCAGCUACAAAAUAGCUUGCAAACUCGCUAGUUAGUUUGUAGUUUUAUUUGCUAGCUAGCUAGUUAGCUAACGUUUCCCUGUACUGAAGUUAGAGCCCCUUGCCAAAUUUCAAAAGGGAUGAAAUGCCAGGCUCACUGUGUAUACAGUGUCAGACACAAACCACUGUGUUUAGUAAGACCUGCAACAGUUGUUUCUUUAACCAUCCAAAAGAGAUGAUGUUACAAGCGUUGAAGAAGUAUGAUUACAAAUGGGAACACAAUGAUUGCACCCAUUAUAAUAAUAGCUCUCAGAUAUUGACUUCCACUAAAGUAUUGCUCUACAAAUUACAUACUCUGGGAUUUGUUCCCCUUCUCCUGCUUGGAAAAAGGAGAAAUGGAACAAAACAUAUCGAUAUGGAUUCCUUUUGCCCUCACCCUCAAGUCAUAAAAGAAACAGGCUCUAUUGAAACCUUGAGAAAUAUUUAUUUAGGUCUUCUGAAUGUCACACUCGGCACCGAGUCCCAAUGCCAGUGCUCCCCAGUGUCUUCAGAGCCAGACGGGACCCCCGCACCAGCCAAGGUAGAGGGAGCCCCUACAACAAUCGAUCCCGUGGAAACCCCUGCACCAACAGAGCUACACAGAAUACCCAUAUCCAUCCGACUGAACAUAAUACCCACACCAACAGAGACGUGCAAACACAACACACUAAUCAAUCCAGUGGAAACCCCAGCACCAACCAUGCGAGACGGAAUCCCCAUAUCUUUACGACGGAACCUAAUCCCCACACCAACAGAGCCAGGCAAACCAUCCACACCAACCAAUCCAGUGGGAAUCCCUAAACCAACCAAUCUAGUUGGAACUCCUACAGCAAUUGAUCCAUCAGGAACCCCUGCACCAACUAUGCUAGACAGAAUCCCCACAUCCAUCAGCCUGAACAAAAUCACCACACUAACAGAGCCAGGCAAACACUCCACAUCAACCAAUCCUGUGGGAACCCCUUCACCAAUUAAUUCAGUGGGGACCCCUGCACCAGCCGAGCUUGAUGGACUCCCCACACCAACAGACCCAGGAAAACCCUCCACAUCAACCAAGCUAGACGGAAUCCCCACAUACAUCUGCCUGAAUGGAAUCCCCACAUCCAUCUGCAUGAACGGAACCCCCACCUCAAUACAGUCCAAAAUCCCCAGACCAAUACAACCUAAAAUUCCCCACACCAAUACAGCCAGGCAAACCCUCCACACAAAAUAAUCCAGUGGGAACCUCUAUACCAAUUGAUGAAACAUCUGACUCCUCUGAGCACCAGGACCAAGAAAUGCAAAGAAAAAUGUGGACAGAUGGAGAUCUAAUCGUUGCUGAAGACGGUGCAACCAUUCAAGCACAAAAGAAAAUCAAAACAACAGAAGAGUCGCUGAACAUGGAUACGGAUAGGCCCAUGGUGUCAAGACAUGCAGAGGUAGACACUGAAGUAUUAGAUCAAUUAGAAAAGAGCAGCAUUGUACAAGCAACCAACAAGCAAACUUUGUGGGCUAUAAACUGCUUUAAGGACUGGCUGGCAGAGAAACGGAUGAUAGUGGAUUUUUCAACCAUUGAGAAAUCUGAAAUGAAUGUACUCUUGUGAGAUUUUUACUGUUCUGUUCAAAGGGGUAAAGGUGGGGAGUAUUGCAUCCCAAGCUAUAUCGGAAUCCGGGCUGGCGUGAACAGAUUCAUUAACCUCCCUCCCCUUAGCAGAUCCUGGUGCUUGAUGAAGGACAGUGAAGAAACUAAAGAAACUCAGACGAGAGGGCAGGGACAAAACUACCCAUCCAAAGGUGAUUACAGCACAAGACCUUGAGAUUCUUCAAAACUCUACUGUGCUAAGCCCCUACACACCCAGAGGACUAGUGAACCAAGUGUGGUUUGAUAUCCAGUUACACUUUGGCCCCAGAGGAAAAGAGGGCAAUAGACGGCUAACGCCACAGUCGUUUGUAAUAAGGUACGAUGAAAACGGAGCAAAAUAUGCAACGCUGACUUCCAAAGAAGAAAGACUGAACCACAAAGAUGCAGAACUGGCAGAAUCGCUGUGGAAUCAUGUUUCAGAACCCUGAUAGUCCACUCUGUCCAGUCGCCUCCUUGGAGAAGUAUCUGAGCAAGAUCCCGCCAGAUGCCACCGUCCUCUACCUCCAUCCUAUUAAGAUGGUCAUCACCAGUGACAGCAUGUGCUAUAGCCAGGAGCCAAUGGGGUUUAACUACCUUUCAUCAAUGCUUCCCCCGACUGUGCCAGGUUUGCUUUUUUUCAAGCAAAUUUCGGAACAUUUUAAUAUUCGCUAAAUAGCUAAGUUGUACUCAUAACUCAACCUGUUGUUGCUUCUUGGCUCACUCACUCUCUUUUUCUCUCUCUAGGAGGCUGGUACAUUGGAAAAGUACACAAACAAUUGCUUCCGAACUUUGCGCGAGAUCAUGUCUGUCAGCAGACUGAUAGUUCCUUGAAGAGUGUCGUAGCUGAAUCAGAAUGAGUUAGGUAACAUAGAUAAAUAAGAUGUUUUAAUUAUUUUAUACUUGUCAUUAGAAUGUCUUCUUUUGGACUAUACUGUUGGCAGUUGCAUUUUCCUCUCUUCUCUAGGGAAAAGUCACUUGGGGCCCAGAGAGGGGAGAGGUCAGGCUUGUCUUUUACAUGUCUGGUAAUAGGCAGAAUAUCAGAAAGGGAAAAGUCAGGUUUAAACAUUGUCUUCAUAAUGAAUAUAUCUGUUAAACCAUGUGAAGGGCUCCACCAUGUCUGUACUCCAGUCACUCCCUCCUUUUUCCAUUGGGGGGAGGAGUAUGGUAAUGUCUGGAACCAUUGUAUGUCCCUCUGUUGCCCUUAUCUUGAUUUAGUAUAUGACCUAGAGGCUCACUACCCUCCGGGAGUUUGUCCAGGAGGGGUGUAUUUGAGAUGGGAGUAUCUAGAACUGACAAUUGAUAUAUGCCAUUGGAUGAGGUAAUGUUUUGGUAAUAUGAAGUUUUUUUAUUUAUUUUUAUUUCACCUUUAUU